GUGCUUAGACUUUCAGUCACGGAGGCUGACGGAGUGGGGCUAUCAUAAAUUUUCAAAAGUACUGGGUGCGUAUGGAAAGCACAUCAUUCAUUCAUCUCCGUUCAUCCCAUCUUUCUCUCUCCGGUGACAAUAUAUGCAGAGCAGUACCAAUCUCUCCUCUCAAGUCCCAACUACAAUCGCACUUGACAUUACAUAAGAUUAUUAUUCCACAUUUCUCCUUCCCAACUCAAUUCUAAAAUUCUUGUUUCGCCAAAUCUAAAAUCCGUCAACCUGGAUCCCUCACCGGACCCCUCAUCUCAAUCCCUAAAGCCUCCUCCUCCUUCCUCCACCGGUAACGGCCAGAUCCGCUACCGAUCCCCCUCCGCCGCCGAGCUCAUUGAAACAGGAGCCACCUCUCCCUCCCACUCCGCUGACCACCUCUUGUCUGAAAAGAUGUCUAAACGGCCUGGUAAUCGUCAAUACGAUUCGUUGCAGGACAAGAUCCAUCGCUACCGGAGCGUGUUUUUGGUGAUUUCCAUACCGGUCAUGUUGAUUUUGUUUGUUUUGUUUGUAAUGCCGGGACGGGCGCCGUCGUCCGAGACUGUGAUCGAGUACAAGAUGACUGGGAGGAAGUUUUCGCCAAAAUUGAAGUUGUCGAAGAGUUAUGCUGUUAUUUUUGACGCUGGUAGUUCGGGGAGUCGUGUCCACGUGUAUUGUUUUGAUCAGAACUUGGAUCUCGUGCCUAUUGGUGAAGAUCUCGAGCUUUUUGUUCAGAUUAAACCAGGGUUGAGUGCAUAUGCAAAUGAUCCGCAACUUGCUGCGAACUCCCUUACUUCACUUCUUGAUAAAGCACAAAGUGUGGUGCCCCAAGAACUACGAUCAAAGACACCAGUUAGAGUUGGGGCAACUGCAGGGUUAAGGCAGCUAGAAGGUGAUGCAUCUGAUAGAAUUUUGCAAGCGGUUAGGGAUCUUCUCCAAUAUAAAAGCUCCUUCAAGCCCGAUGGUGUUACUGUUUUAGAUGGUACUCAAGAAGGUGCUUAUGAGUGGGUUACAAUAAACUAUCUAUUAGGGAGGUUGGGGAAGAAAUAUUCAAAUACUGUUGGAGUAGUUGAUCUUGGAGGUGGAUCUGUACAGAUGGCAUAUGCCAUCUCAGAGGAGGAGGCUGCAACGGCACCGAAGUUAUCAGGGGGAGAGGAUUCGUAUGUAAAGGAAAUGACUCUGAUGGGAACAAAAUAUUUUCUCUAUGUUCACAGUUACUUGCACUAUGGUUUAUUAGCAGCUCGAGCAGAAAUUUUGAAGGUUACUGAUGACUCUAACAACCCAUGCAUUUUGACUGGAUAUGAUGGAUCUUACAAGUAUGGUGGAAAAGAUUACAAAGCAUCAGCUUCUCCCUCUGGCUCAAACCUGGAGCAAUGUAGGAGUACAGUUAUUGAAGCCCUCAAAGUUAAUGAUUCAUGUACUCACAUGAAAUGCACAUUUGGUGGAAUAUGGAAUGGUGGUGGGGGUGAUGGACAAAAGAGUCUGUUUGUUGCUUCAUUUUUCUUUGACAGGGCUGCAGAGGCUGGUUUUGUUGAUUCUAAACAAGCUGUUGCCAAGGUUCGUCCUGCUGAUUUUGAAACUGCGGCUAAGCGGGCUUGCCAAACAAGAUUGGAGGAUGCAAAAUCCACAUAUCCUGAUGUGGGGGAGGAUAACUUGCCGUACAUAUGCAUGGAUCUUGUCUACCAGCAUAUGCUGCUUGUUGUUGGAUUCGGCCUUGAUCCCUGGCUAGAUAUUACCUUGGUAAAGCAAGUCGAAUAUAAAAAUGCUCGUGUUGAAGCAGCAUGGCCGCUAGGCAGCGCCAUAGAGGCUAUGUCAUCAUAGACAUGAUCGAAGCACAUCAUCAGCUUGAUUACACAUUGAACAAUUAUUCAGGUGACAUGUGGGUCUUUCGGUGCGGGCAGAGUCAAUAUGAAAGUAUCCACAGCCGAUAACCUCAGAACUCACAAUCAAAUUGGAUUGGCUUUAUAUCUUGGAUCCUGGUAAUAUUGAGAGAAAAAACAACCCGUUUUAUUAUCAUUUGUAAUCAUGUUACAGAAUUUUUCUGAUUUAUAAUUCUUGAUAGAAUGAUUUUUUGAUUUAAUUAGUUCAUUUAGAGAAAGAACAAAGAACAGACUGAUAGUUGAAAUACCAAUUCAUUUGUUUCUUUUAA